AUGUCAGAGAACGACAACAAGCGUCUGCCGCGAUGGUGGUCGGGAGGAGUCUGCUCGGCCAUUGCGGUGACCACCACACAUCCGCUGGAUCUGGUCAAGGUGCAGCUGCAGACGCAGACGCAGGCCGAGAAGGUUUCGGUCGGCCAGGUCAUAUCGAAUAUCUAUCAGAAGGGCGGUGUCACGGGCUUCUACAGUGGCAUCUCUGCCUCCUGGUUUCGGCAGCUAACCUAUACGACGGCCCGCUUCGCCCUCUACGAGUACGGCAAGAAUUUCGUGGACGCCAGCAACGUCAGUGCCAAGGUGCAACUGGCGACCUUUGCCGGCGUCUUCGGAGGCAUUGUGGGAGUGCCGGGCGAUGUGGUCACGGUGCGGCUGCAGAACGACAUUAAGCUGCCGCCGGAGAAGCGGCGAAACUACAAGCACGUCUUCGAUGGCCUGUACCGCAUACAGAAGGAGGAGGGCGUCAAGAGUCUUUUUCGGGGAGCCGUGCCCGCUGUGACCAGAGCCGUGGUCCUGACAAUCGGCACUAACGCGACAUACGAUCAGGUGAAACAGGUCGUUCAGGGCACCUUCGGCACAAAGGAGGGCCUGCCCCUGCACUUCCUCACCUCGACGAUAGCCGGAUGCAUUGGCACCAUCAUGACGCAGCCCAUCGACGUGAUCAAGACCAGAUACAUGAAUGCCAAGCCGGGCGAGUACUCCGGUCUUGUCGCGGUGGUCAUAAGCAUCUUCAAGGAGUCGCCGAUGGCAUUCUACAAGGGCUUUAUUCCGGCCCUGAUGCGGGUUAGUCCAAACACGAUCAUCACCUUCAUGCUGUACGAGCAGGCACGUCUGCGCUUUGGCUACCUUCCGCCGAAUGCCAAAAAAGAAUAGUAUCGAAUAUCCACGGCCUCCCACUCCGCCGUAAAAGUACUACGAUACACAAAUUGUUAGUAAUCCAAACCCCUCAUCGUAUUGUUGCGUACCAAUUGGCCUGGAAGUAAUCCCCUCAUGCCGUAAUCGCGACUAAUAAGCUGCCACCGUGUUCGCCCGCUCGACCACUGACCGUUGGUCAGCAGAAACAGCGAUGGGGGUCAACGGCAGUGCAGCGUGUCCAUAUGGAAAUGAUGUUUAUGGUUUAUGAAAUUUGCAUAAGCGCAGGGAUACCCGUAUACCCCAUGUACCUGUGUGGCGAGCGCUAACUAAAAACAGAGACCGAGAAAACCCAGUCCAAAUGAGUUAGUUAAGCCGGCUGCACGUUCGCCGCUCGUAAUUAGGAAACAGGGGCCACAAGGUGCAAAGGGUCGAACCAAACCCUCGCCGAAACCCCGGGAGCUACAGAAGAAACAAGAAUUUUCACAACAACAAGCAUAACUGGAAACCAAAUGGGCCCAAGAUUUUGUCACCACUGUACAUGUGUGUUUUACAAAUUAUAUAUUUUUUUAAUUUAUUCUUUUUCGUUAAUUUGUGAGUUAAAAUUGAAAAGUAUAGACCUU